AUGUACCACGAAUGGGAAGACUCAAUAUUACUUGACCCACAAGGUCCAUACAAUAAAGAUUUACCGAAAUAUAAAAGAGCUGAGGCACCGUUAGCUUGUGAUUUUAAUCAUUUAACCAAAUUGGAACAAGAUGUUAUAAUGAAUCCGUACGUUCCUGAUUUUGAAGAAUACGGAGGUAUUAAACGACCUGGUAAAGGAAAAUGGUUGAAACUCAAUUCUACUGCAAUACAAAAAGCCACAAAAGAAGAUAUGCACGAACAUGUUUGGAAUAUUUUAGUAAUGCGAGCUACAGACAGGCUACAAAGAUUUUUUAAUUCGGUGGCUACAAAAUCAUUUCCCGCAAAACGAGAUCGAGUUUUAUUACGUGUUCUUCCUGGUACCUCUCCAAAAUUAAUAACGAGUAACGAUAUAAAUAACAAUAUAAUAACGAAUAACAAUAAUGACUCAAUUCCUUUUUCAUAUAAGAUUAAAGGUGUGAGUUUAAAUGAUAAAGAUAAUGAAGACGGUAAUCAAAGAUUUUAUAUAGAUAAUGAAAAUCCGAUAGAUGGGUUGCAAUGUGUGUUCGUUCUUGAACAUGAUGAAAUUUUAUGCAAUGAUCAUGAACCAAAAAAUAAUGUUGCCAAUAAUGAGAAAAACUCAUCAAUGCCAGCAGAGGAAAAAAUAAAUUCACUGACAAAACAAAAGCAACAUUAUCAAGAAAUAUAUUCGCAAAUACCGCCAAAACCAUUUGGGACAAUACACCCUGUGACUUUUCUUGGAAAAAACAAUAAAAAGUUUACGCAGAAUGUACCAUUUUAUAAUGUCAAAUAUAUUUGGGGUAGCAGAGGUGUUGGAAGAUUUAAAGGAUUUUUGAAAAUUCCUAAAUACGAGAAUCCAAUGUUGGGAAUGAUAACUCAUAGGCACACUAAACAGUUAGCUAUUUCUUUGUGGAAGUUAAGAGGAUUUGUCAUAUAG